ACUAAAUUAAUGGUGUUACUGAAAUAAUUAUUGGUUCGGUACUAUUAUACAGACACCGAAAACAUAAUUCAGUUCUGUUUUAUUAGUUCUAAAGGUUGAGAAUUCUCUUGGAGUAUUUUGUGGCUUCCGCACGGUGAACUGGGGUUGACGAUCCCAGUUCCCGAUAUACAAUGGCCGAUUUCAGCGGGGGCAUGUUCCGUUUAAACGACAACAAAGCGGGUCUUUCGCAGAUGGAUGGACUUUCCAAAGACGAUAUUAGUCGAAUCCUUACGGAGGCCUCCAAAGGUUCUCUAUUUCACGAAAAUAAGAAGGUUAAACAUAAGUUGAUAGAGGAAAGGAUUGCCUCGAAAAAGGACGUUUUGGCGAAAGCGUCAGCGGAGGACUUCGCAGAAGCGGAACGGAAGGCCAAGAGGCUUAUUGAAGAAUUGGAAGACGAGCGGGAUUUGAGCCGCACAAUCGUGCAUGUGGACAUGGAUAUGUUCUUUGCGGCGGUGGAAAUGCGCGAUAAUCCUCAGCUUAAAACCAAGCCUGUAGCUGUUGGAUGUUCGUCAAUGUUAUCUACGUCAAAUUACGUGGCCAGGCGAUACGGCGUGCGCGCCGCUCAACCGGGAUUUCUAGCCAAAAAGCUCUGCCCUGAUCUCAUAAUCAUUCCACCGAAUUUCGUGAAAUAUCAAGAUGUGGGUCGAAUCGUACGACAGCUGUUCGCGGAAUACGAUCCCAACUUCGUUUCGGCAUCGCUGGACGAAGCGUACCUUGACAUUACGGAUCAUCUCCACAGGCGAAGUCAGUUUUCGGAAGCUCAGCGCACGGUGUGGCAGUGCGACUGCUUGUAUUUAACUGAAAAGAAAGCAUCGAUUGACCCGAUUCAUCCAGACAGUGGGGCGGAAAUAGAAUCAUGCUGUCCCCGGUGUGGGCGUCCAGCUGAGAAGAUUGUUGCCGGGGUGGAUGCGGAUGGUGCUGUACAUGAGCUGCGAAUAAGAAUCUUUCAGAAAACAUCCUUAACCUGCAGCGCUGGGAUUUCUUGUAACACGAUGCUUGCCAAGAUCUGUACGGAUAAGAACAAACCCAACGGUCAAUAUCAACUGCCUUCAGUUAGAGAUGUGAUUUUGGAGUUCAUUCGUGAUCUCCCAGUGCGAAAGGUACCAGGUAUCGGUGCGGCAACGGAGGAGAUUUUAACUGCACUAGGUGUAACAACAUGCGGUGAUUUGAAUACGAAGGGAGACAUUCUGGCGUUGGUGUUUUCUGAUUUAUCCCUGGAGCAUUUCUUGCGGGUGUCACUGGGGAUAGGGUCUACUGUCUUGGAUAACGAUGAUGAGCGUAAGAGCAUCAGCACGGAAAGAACAUUCCGAGAACUGUGGAAACCAGAAGAUCUGUUUAAGAAACUGGAAGAGCUUACGGAAGAUUUGGGAGAAUCCAUGGAAGAGAAAAACAUAUGCGGAAGAUGCGUAACCAUUAAGCUCAAGUUAAUCACAUUUGAAACCUAUACUCGCGCUAAUUCUGUGCCUCGUCUGAUCGGACAUGCGGAUGAAAUUUACCCGAUUGCUAAGAAACUGCUGGAAACGGAAAUCCGGAACGCAAAUGGGAAACUGCGCUUACGGUUAAUGGGCGUGAGAGUAUCCCAGUUACAGGAUGUUGCUGCGGCUGAUGAUAAAUUUAAACAAAAGAGCAUUUCGCAGUUUUUGGUACCUGCAAAACAAAUCGACGAAAGCAGUCCAGUUCACGACACUGACGGUGCUCAUACAGAGAUUGAAUCCCCCAUAAUGCAAUUGGACGAAGAAGUUAACGAGUGCAGUGUGAUUUCGCCAGGAGUCGAUCAAAACACGUUGGCGCCGGCAAUAUCUAUUGAGUGUCCGAAUUGUGCACAGACGGUUCAGACAGAUCCAGAUUUCGUUCAGCUGAACCAACACAUCGAUCUUUGCCUCAAUUCCGAACAGCUUAGUGAUGUAUCUUCCAAAGGGACAAAAAGAUUAAAGUUAGAAGAUCCCGUUAUCGCAGUCCGAACGAAAACGCCCCCUUCGAAGCCAAAGACGAAGAGAAUUACGGAUUAUUUUGCUCCUUCGACAUCCAAAGUAACGGAAUUCUAAACCAAGGAUAUAUGAAAUCUCCUGUGAUUUUAGCGGCCGGCUAAGUGCGCAUUCAUACUUUGUACUGAUGAAAACGUCAUUGCUGUCUGCUUGUAUUUUUGCGUUUGUUUUGUACUUUAAAUGAUACCGGGUAAAUGUAUGGUUAAAUGUUACGGCGAUUUCGUGUGCAUUUUGACAAUCGGGACAAUCGGGAAAGGUGAAACUGAGUCCUUAAGCCUUUGUGGAUGCGAAAUGCGAGCACAGAGCCAUUACUAUUGUUGAGAAGUUGAUAACGUGAUGUGAUAAAAUGAAUUUGCUGACAAAUCUGUAGUUAGGAUAA